AAAAAUAGCUUUUGUCACACAGGCAUAGACGUUUAGACAUUUUUAGCGGCUGUCAGAUUUGGAUGAAACACCUGUUUUCUUUACAAACUAAGGAAGCGGACAGACAAAAAUGAGCCUGGUUCUUUCUCCGCGGCGGGGUGAGGACCUUCUAGCGGUGGCUCAGACAACAGCAGAGAGUGACUCUGACAGUGGAAUGGGCUCUCCAGCUGAAGAGAUGGUGACCCAGACACCAAACAGAGACGAGCAUCCAGAUACUGAUGACAACGAUGAAGACAUUGCAGUUUACAGAAAGCCUCGUCGUAACACCAUUAAAGACAGCGACAGUGAGGCAGAGGAUGCUUGUGGCGAGAACAGCAUGCAUGUGGCUGAAGCGCUGGUCCUGCCAGCUUCCAGCGACGAGGAGCUGGCGUCUGGGCAAGGAGGAGAGAACAGCGAGAGGAAAGGAAGGAGAACGCAGAAACCCACGAGAAUAACCCGCGGGCCCGCUGACAGUGACGAGAGUGAGCCCGAGCAAGAGAAAUGUGGACAAGUGAAGGAGACGGACAAACAAGUAAAAGCGGUGAAGAAGAGACAGAAGAGCCAGAGGCGCCAUGAGAAAAAGGAAAAGCGGAACAAAGCGAUGGAAAAGCUAAAGAAGAAAGAGAGGUUCUCUGAAAUGGCUGAGGGAACUCCUUUGCCUCAGAAUGACAGUGGCUGUCCACUCGGCGACACCGACCUCUUUGAUAAUGGUCUGAAUGAUGACGAUGAUGAAGAUUCUUUGGACGCUAUCCGAGCUGCUGUCAAGCAGAAGCUCAAAAAACAUAAGGAACCUGUGCUGGAGGAGGAAGAAGAUGAAGCACUGGGAAAACACAAACGUGUGGAGAGGAAAGCUGCACGUGCCAGCAAAGAAGCUAUGAAGCAUCUCCACAGUGAAUCUCAGAGGCUGAUCAGAGAGUCUACACUUGGCCUGCCAUAUCACAUCCCCAAGCCAAAGACCAUCGAUCACUUCUUUAAGAAAAGAGUCCGACCAGAGGGUUCAGCCAUGGCUUUGUUGAAAUCAUUGAAGUAUUCAGACAUGAUGUUGAGAUCUCCAUCGGUUCCUCCUCAACCUCCCACUGAACCACCCAGUGAGCCCCAGCAGCCAUCUGCAGAAAAAGACGUGCCCUCCUCUCUGGAUCUCUCAUCUGCAAAUAUCCAGACUUUACCUCAACCUGCCGCCACCUCAUCUCCACAACAGGAAAACCUCAUCCAGGUCAGAGAAGAAAGUGUGUCACCAGAUGCUGAGCAGGACGAAGGUGCUCCUAUGCUUUACCUCCCUGAGAGUCUGCAGGAAUCAGUGACAUCAUGUGAUGUAGAAAAACCAGCUUCUGUCUCAGAAGAACAAACGUUUUCUGCAGCUCAAGAAAAUGGCCAGAGUUCAGCGACAGCUGUUUCUGAAAACCGGGUAGAAAGUACUGCAUAUCAGGCUAUUGAGCUUUUAGCACCUCACUGUGUUAAUGCUGAUCCAACUGGGAAAGAGCAACCCAUGAAGACAAAAAAAGACAAACUAUCCAGACUGAAGGAACUUGGACUGGAUCCUCCACCUGUUGCAAAAUUGUGUGCGGACGAAGGAGCCUUUGUCCAGCUGGAGCUUCCACAGCCUAAUCCAGGCGUGGAGGCACUGAAGGAGCGCUACCUCCGUCACAUUAGGCAGCCUGCACGGGCCAAAGGAGAGUGUACGAUGCAGCUCAACAUCAUUCGCAAAGACAACACAUCAUCGGGCCAAGAAGAACUGCACACAGAGUCUGUCACUGUCACAGUAAAGGAAGCGGCGGAGGAGGAGCCUGUGGCCACUAAACCUGGAGCAAAGCUGCUCAUUCUGAAGCAACGCCUAAAGUCUGCCAUGGCCCUGCAGAGAAAGGACGAGAGGGCACGUAAAGUCGCACUGCAUCGCUUGGACAAUGAAGUGUGUGAGGAAGAAGAAGAAGAGGAGGAGGAAGACAUGACUGAGUCUGAGGAAGAUGAGGGCUUAGAUGAGUUACUGGGGGGUGACGAGGAUGAAGAAGGCAGCGUGGUCCAUAGUGUCAGAAGCCCUUCUCCUGUGGCACUGAAUCAGCCCUCGCCCACUCGUGAUCUCGCUAACACAGAUGGCACGCUCAUUCUGUUCCCUGGCAGCUCCUGCUCUCGAACCGGUGACGGAGUAAGAAGGUCGGGGCCGUCUGGGCAGGAUAGCAGUAAUAAGACAGAUGAGGACGACUCUCUGUUCUUGGUAAAAGACACCAGUCACAAUAGCAGCUUUGAGCUUGCUGGAUCCAUGAUUACCUCCUACCAGCCUGUCAAUUAUCAGCGUGCUGCAGGAAGGGGACUGUCCAACUCCUCAGUGUUCCGCUCCCCUUCUCCCUGUCUCUUCAGGCCCAGCUUCCUUGGCUCUGCCUCAAAAAGUUCGGGAAAGCUCUCUGAGCGUUCUCUCUGCCUUCCCGUUGAAGACUCUCAAGACCUGUACGCACCUCCAUCACCAGGCGCUGACUCAGGGCCACUGGGCGGAGGGGCUCCUGGACCUGGGCUUGGGGGAGACUCCCAAGGAGGUCGCUUCUUUCUGGAAGAUGACACCCAUUCCCAGUUACUCGACGCAGAUGGUUUCCUUAAUGUUGGUCCUCGCUCCCACAAGAGGCAGCUGAUCUUGGACAGCCUUGAUGAAAAUGCGAUGGAUGGUAAUAUGGGCGAGCUGUUGGGGUUGUGCUCGGGUGUGUUUGGGUCAGCAGAGAAGUUUUCUGAGAGUGGAAAAACAGAAAAUGGCCUCAGGACAACACAGGAAGAUGAGCUGCUCGGAUUGUGCUCAGGAACAUUUCCAACAACUCAGCAGAUGGAAACAGGGAAGAUCAAGGAUGGAGAAAAUGAUGAAAACACAGAAAACACCAUGGACCAGUUGCUGGGGCUUUGUUCGGGCAAAUUUCCUAGUCCAAAUUCGUCUCCUUCACCUGCAGUGUCACGUUAUGCACAUGUGGCUUCACCAGAAACAGUAAGGCUAAAGCAGCCGGAGGAAGAAGACCAGCAGGAGGAGGAGGAGGAAAACAGUGAAUUCCAGCUUCUCUCAGACAUAGAAAGUGAAAGUGAGCAGGAGGAUGCGGAUGGUGACGAGGAAGCUGGAGACGCUAGCGAAGAGGAGGAAGGAGAAGAAAACAAUGAGGUGGAAGAAGAAGAAAUGGAGGCUGUGUUUGCACCCCGACGUGUUAAGAAAAAGAAAAUGCGUUUAACAGACUAUGUGGACUCAGAAGCUGAGCUGUCGGGCAGCGACGUGGGCAGCGAUGAUGAGGAUGGCGAUGGAGGGAGUGAAUACGAGGAGGAGGAGAUUCUUGAUGAACUUCCCUCUGAGGAGGAGCUGCAGGACCAGGUCAACAAGAUCCACAUGAAGCAAGUGCUGGACGAUGACAAACGGCGUCUCCGGCUAUAUCAGGAGCGCUACCUAGCCGAUGGUGAUUUGCAUUCUGAUGGACCGGGACGAGCUCGUCGCUUCCGCUGGAAAAACAUGGAUGAUGGUUUUGACGUGGACAGGACAGGAGCAGAGGAAGAGGAGGAGGAAGAUGAUAAUAUGGAUCACAGUGAGGUGAACAGGAGAAAGGAGAGACUGGAGAGAGAACAGUGGCUCAGAGAGCAGGCUGAGCAGAAGGCCAAGAAAGGGGAAGAUUUGGAUGCUGAUGAUGAGAAGAUUAGAGAGGAAGACAGUCAUUUUAUGAAGCUGGCCAAGAAGUUCACUGCCAAGUCUCUGCAGAAGAAAGACGUCCUUGCAGCGUGUCUUCCAGAAAAACCACCAUCAUCUCUCAACCCCUUCCAGAGGUCCUCAGGACCAUUACAGGUGAGGCGGGGUUCUCUUCUGAGUCAGCCUCAGUCCAUCCUGCAGAAGUUGGCGUCGAUCUCGGAGGGGAAUCCUCUGGCACCGAGAAACACCCGCGGAUUCCUCUUUCAAACGCUGUCUCCCGAGAAGGACGUCUCAAACGCAGAUGCCCCUCAGAAACAGAUGACAAAGAAGAGGGGGCAGGUGCAGGUGGAGAACCCAGCUGCUAAGAGGGUCUGCAGAGAGCACAAACCUGGCCUGCAAUCCAAAGGUCUCCACAGAAGCAUCUUCAACUUCCUGGACCAAUAAAAGCUCAGCACCUGACUUAAAGUCUUCAGCAGGCGGACAUGGUUCCAGCCACUUCCACA